AUGCAUUUGGAACCGCCUAAUGGCACGGGAAGCCCAGUGCUCAACGAGGGCAUCGCGCACCCGCAACCAGAGGAGGAAGUCGUAGGCGACCCCCCAAAGAAGUUGGCCAUUAUCGGCAUGGCCUGUCGUCUUCCGGGACAGGUAACGACCCCAGACGAACUGUGGGAUCUCUGCUCGCGAGCCCGAAGCGCCUGGUCGCCGGUGCCAAAAAGCCGAUUCAACGCCGAUUCCUUCUACCAUCCGAACCCCGAUCGACCAGGCUCCUUCAACCCCACCGGAGCGCAUUUUCUGCACGAAGAUGUCGGGCUAUUCGAUGCGCCGUUCUUCAAUAUAACCCUCCAAGAGGCACGCUCGAUGGAUCCGCAACAUCGCAUUAUGUUGGAAUGUGUGUAUGAAGCACUGGAAAAUGCAGGCGUGUCGAACCACUCGAUUACGGGAAAGAAGGUGGGCGUUUUUGCGGGGGCUUCGUUUCCGGAUUAUGAAGUGAACAACACGAAGGAUGCCGACUCUAUUCCUAUUUACGAUUGUACUGGGACGGCUGUUGCGUUGCAGUCGAACCGCAUUUCUCACUACUUCAAUCUUAACGGCCCGAGUAUGACGAUUGAUACGGCGUGCUCUUCGAGUUUGUCGGCUCUGCAUCUGGCGGCGCAAAGUAUUCGGAAUGGGGAAUGUUCGAUGGCGAUUGUGGGAGGAUGUCAUUUGAAUCUUGUUCCCGAAAUGUUUAUUUCUAUGACCCGGUCGAGAUUGCUUGCAGACUCCGGAAAAUCAUACGCCUUUGAUCAGAGAGGGAGUGGAUUUGGCCGUGGCGAAGGUGCGGGCGUCAUCGUUUUAAAGAGUCUGGAAGACGCAGAAGCUGCUCAAGAUGCUAUCCGGUCAGUGAUCGUGAACACUGGAAUCAAUCAAGACGGUCGUACACGAGGUAUUGCGAUGCCAAACGGAGAUGCCCAGGAAGCAUUGAUUAGGCAGGUCUAUAAGGAGGCGCAAGUGGACCCCGCGAUGACUGGAUUCGUUGAAGCCCACGGCACUGGUACGAAAGUGGGAGAUCCACUUGAGGCUACUGCUUUGAAUGCUGUGUUUGGAAAGGGACGCACAGCCAAGCAGCCUCUUUUGAUUGGUUCCAUUAAAUCGAACUUGGGCCAUUUGGAAGGCUCCAGUGGUAUAGUCGCUGUCAUCAAAACUGCUUUGAUGCUGGAGCGCGGAUUCGUUUUGCCGAAUUGCAACUACGACAAGUCUAAUGAAGAGAUUCCUAUGGAUAAAUGGCAUAUGAAGCCCUGGCCUCGGGGGAAGAACUACGCUAGCGUGAACAACUUUGGCUUUGGCGGGACCAAUGCACACGUUGUCUUGGAGCGCGCACCCCGACAUACAGGUGAAGGCAUCCAGAAUACAGAUCCACUCAAGCGCAAGGUCUUUAUUGCGUCUGGCCACGACAAGAAAGCUGCCCUGGAUUGUAUUCAUCGAUUGGCGACUUACAUGGAUCUGAACCCAUUCAUCUUCAACGACAGCCUCAUGGACAAUAUGGCCUACACACUGGGUCAACGGCGAAGCUUCCACCCAUGGCGUGUGGCUGUAGCAGCCUCGCAUAACGCAGACUUGAGCGCCUCCUGGGCGAAAAUCCCGGAGCCUGUUCGGUCUUCUAAGGAGCCCAGCAUUGGUUUUGUGUUUACCGGACAGGGCGCGCAAUGGCAUGGAAUGGGCAAGGAAUUGUUGCAUACAUAUCCCGUCUUUGAGAAGACCAUGAAAGCUGUGGAUGCUAGUUUAAAAACACUUGGUGGGACUUUCUCGAUUAUUGAUGAGCUUCUCCUCGAAGACCCGGCUGCAAGCAAAAUUUCCGCCGCAUAUAUGAGCCAGCCGGCUUGUACAGCAGUCCAACUGGCUCUGGUGGAUCUCCUGUCCUCAUGGGGUGUUCGACCCAAGGCAGUCGUGGGUCACUCCAGUGGAGAGAUUGCCGCCGCAUACGCAGCAGGCAUCCUGACAUUGGACGAGUGUGUUCGUGUGGCGUACUGUCGAGGUGUUGCAGCAAACAUCGUGGCCAAUGAUGAAUCUGUCCACGGCGCCAUGUUGGCUGUUGGUGCCCAUGCCGGCGAUAUCCAGCAGAUCCUAGAUGCCAUGCGAGGCAAGCGAGCUGUCAUUGCCUGCGAAAACAGCGAUACCAGCGUUACUCUUUCUGGAGACAAGGACGUCAUUUCCAGCUUGCAAGAGGCUUUGGACAAGGAAGGGAUCUUUACCCGUAUGCUGCACGUCGAUGUCGCAUAUCACUCCCAUCACAUGCAGCGGGUCUCUCAACAGUACAGCUCUCUACUGGGCAAGAUUGCACCUCGCCCCUCUCGCGUUCCUUUCCACUCCACUGUCCAUGGCAAGCUUGUCCCGGGUAGCACUUUGGAUACAUCAUAUUGGGUUCAGAAUCUGGUCUCACGCGUUGAAUUUGUUAAGGGAGUGCGAAGCUUGCUUGAUACUGAACAGCCAACAGGACAGAUUGAUACUCUGGUCGAAAUCGGUCCUCAUCCUGCGCUCCAAACACCUACCAAGGACAUCGUUAGCAACUAUGCUCCCAACCGCACCAUGCAAUUUGAACAUACUCUCAAGCGCAAGAUGGACGCUAUCGGAGCGGUUCAGCAACUUGCCAUGUCUCUCUUCACUCACGGCAUGAUGACCCUGGACUUCCAGGAGAUAAAUUUCCCGAACCUCGACCGGAGCCCAAGGAAACCUGCUCUCAUCACCAACCUUCCCAAGUACCCCUGGAACCACACAGAAAGAUACUGGAUCAACCCACGCAUGAGCGAUAACAUCUACCACGCCAAGUUUCCACGAAGUGACAUCCUCGGCAAGCUUACAAUCGAGAACGUGGACUUUGAGCCUCGAUGGAGGAAUUUGAUUCGGGCAGAUGAUAACCCAUGGAUCCGCCAGCAUCGAGUUCAUGAAAGUAACGUGUAUCCCAUGACUGGAUUCCUUGCCAUGGCUAUGGAAGCUAUCUCUCAACAAGCGCAACUCCACCACCUGGUUCCUGGCAAGAUCGAGCUGCGCGAUAUCUUCAUCAACCGUGUCCUCGCAAUCCCUGAUAAUACAACUGUGGAAACCAUGCUCAGCCUGCGGCCUGUUCGGCCCGAGGCUCCUGGAAGAGCUGUGCUCGGCUGGCACGAGUUCAAGGUCUUUUCCUGGGCCGAAGGACGGGGCUGGGAUCAGCAUGUCAGCGGUUUUGUGAUGGUACAGGAAUCCAAGGACGCAAACCCCGUUAGUGGGUCAAGAGAGCAAACGGAGACUAUGCAGCAGCUGGCAGAGAAUGUGGUAGACUUUGAUGCUUCUUGCAAGCUCUCGAUCAACACCAAGACUCUUUACGAAAAUAUCUCGAGCGGCGGUAUUCAUUACGGUCCACUCUUCCAAGGCCUGACGAAUAUUUUGGUCAAUGACACGAAACAGGCCAUGGCUACCAUCGAGGUCCCGGACACGCGAAAGUGCAUGCCGAAUGAAUAUGAAACCGAGUGCAUCAUCCACCCCGUGACGCUCGACUUGUGCUCUCAAGCCAUGUGGGUGCUUGGCGGAUUUGGCAUGCCAGGACCCCAUACCACCUGUGUGCCUUCGCAUGUUAAGCACGUCUCUGUUUCUCUGGACUCAAACCUCGGACACGGUGCCACUCUACAGCUGUAUGGCUCUCAUUCCGGAAUCGAGACAUCCAACAACAGAAUAUUUGCUACUACCUCUGAGAACCCUUCGAAGAUCGCUGUCGAGAUUGAUGGAAUUACCCUGGUCCCUAUCUCAAACGACAUCAAAGGAUCUAAGGACAAUACGGCAAACCAGAUCUGCUACAAGCUCCACUGGGAGCCCUGCUUUGAACUUCUGUCAGAAGACACCUACCGCCAACUUUCACGAUCCAAUCUUGGUGAUGAUGGGAAGGGUAGCGAGAGAAUGCACCAACUUGAUCGCGUCGCAGAAUAUUGGCUGCGUCGAAUGCUGCGCGCUGUCCCUGAAGAGCAGAUUUCUUCUCUUGAAGGCCACCACCAGCGAUUCUACCGCUGGGCUCAACAGACCUGCCGUGACGCAGGAAUGGCCGAAGAUCUUUCUGCCGAGGUCAUUGAUCAGACGCGCAAUGUUAACGGAGCUGGUGAAUUUAACUGCAAGGUUGGCGAGUUGCUGCCCCAAAUCCUUCGCGGUGAAGUUGAUGCUUUGACGAUCAUGCUCGAAGAGGAUCUAUUGAGCAAAUAUUACCAGGAUCUUGACGGUCUUCGGGAGGCUUAUGCCAACGCGUCUGUCUGUAUUGAUAAGAUUGCUCAUCAGAACUGCAACAUGAACAUUCUCGAGAUUGGUGCAGGAACUGGAGGUGCGACAAUGCCGAUUUUGAAGAGCCUUGGUGGCAAUGAGCCUGGAUCGACUCCCCGUUUCGGCCACUAUACUUACACCGAUAUCUCGCCUGGGUUCUUCGAGAAGGCGAAGUCGCGAUUUGAAGAUUGGAGUCACUUGAUGACUUACCAGACCCUCGAUGUUUCUCUCGAUCCGGUCAGCCAAGGCUUCGCUCUUGGAUCCUAUGAUUUGGUGGUUGCUUGCAAUGUUCUUCACGCUACCCCGCAGAUCAAUGAGACGAUGGCCAACAUUAGAUCGCUGCUCAAGCCUGGUGGUAAAGUUAUGUUGAUUGAAGAGACCGCUUCCAAGCCGAGGCACUUCCCCUUCGCACUGCUGCCAGGAUGGUGGCUUGCCAGCGAUGAAGUCCGUCCGGAUGGACCUCUCCUGACACGCCAUGGCUGGAACGAUGUUAUGAAGGCAAAUGAUUUCACCGGUGUUGACCUCUGCGUUGAGGAGUAUCCUGGAGCUUCUUUCCAGUCAGGCUGCUUGAUGAUGUCGACUGCCAACGGUCCUGUAUCUGGACCUGUCAACUCUGGAGACAUGGUCAUCAUUGGCCCAGACACUAUUGGAAGCUUGUCUCUGCUGAGUCUCGAAGCCGGAUUGACUGAAGCCACCGGAGUGAAGCCAGCAGCCGUAUCAGACCUCAGCUCCGUGGAUGUUACCGGGAAAUGGUGCAUCUUCCUUGGUGGCAUGGACCAGUCGGUACUCUCCCAUCUCACUCCGAAGAAAUUCGAAGAGUUCCAGCGUCUCAUGAGCCGCGCACGAGGUCUUCUCUGGGUUAUCCGUCACACCAAAUCUAAUCCUGAGUCUCUUGGUGCCAACAUGGUGGUCGGCCUCGCCCGCACCCUUCGAUCAGAAAGCGGCGUGCCCUUCGCAACCCUCGAUCUUGGUGAGAAGGGGAGCAUGUCCGAUGCCCAAGCUGUCGAUCAUAUGCUGAAGGUAUUCAAGAGUGUCUUCUGCCAAAAGUCGCAGCUGAUGCAAAACGACAUGGAAUUUGUUGUUCGCGACGGGCAUGUUUGUGUUCCUCGUCUUGUCGACAACCACGCCCUCAACAUCAGCGUCCAGCAAGAAACAGCCGAUGCACCCCCAGCCCUGCAGCCUUUCAAACAGAAGGAUCGCCCGCUCAGACUGACAGCUGGCGAGAGCCGGACUCUGGACGAAAUAUACUUCACUGACGACGAGGCUCGCAAUGAUCCCCUGCCCGAUGACUAUGUUGAGAUCCGAGUUACUUGCACCGGUCUGAACUUCCGCGAUGUUCUUAUGGCUAUGGGGCAACUUCGUGGUGACAAGCUUGGACAGGAGUGCAGUGGUGUUGUUUCCAAGGUUGGCUCGGCUGUUACCAACUUUGCUACUGGCGACCGAGUCUGCGCGAUGUCCCCUGGCUCGCUGGCAUCGUACACUCGUUGCCCGGCAUCCUGCGCAUGGGUCAUCCCGGAUGAUAUGUCGUUCGAGACUGCAGCUUCCAUCCCCGCCGUUUUCUGUACAGCUUACUACUCUCUCAUCGACCUGGGGCAUUUGGAACAGGACGAGAGUGUUCUCAUUCACGCGGCAGCUGGUGGUGUCGGUCAAGCCGCUAUAAUCAUAGCCCAGAAUAUCGGCGCCAGGAUCUUCGCGACAGUCGGUAGUCUCGAGAAGAAGAAGUUCUUGAUGGAAACAUAUCACCUCAAAGACGAACAGAUCUUCUUCAGCCGUGAUACCUCUUUCGCGGAGGGUAUUCGUCGUGCGACAGGCGGAGAUGGCGUGGAUGUUGCCCUCAACUCGCUCAGCGGUGACGCUUUGCAGGCUACAUUCGAGUGCAUCGCGCCUUUUGGUCGAUUCAUCGAGCUCGGAAAGCGAGACAUUACGACAAACUCUCGUUUGGAAAUGUCCCACUUCAACCAGAACGUUUCGUUCUCUUCGGUCGAUCUGGGAAUUGUGCGAGAGAAACGCCCCAAACUGUGCAAGCGACUACUCCGUAACGCUUUCAACAUCUUCGUUGACUCGCGGGCGCACUUGCGCUGGCCUGUAACUACCCUUCCGAUUUCGGAUGUCGAAGCUGGGUUCCGUGCUUUGCAGGGUGGACAGGUCAUUGGCAAGAUGGUGGUCUCUAUCACGGAUGAUUCCAAGGUCAAGGUUCAUCCCGCUCGCAAGGAAGAGAAGCUGCUCAGUCCUGACGCGACUUAUGUUGUGGUUGGUGGUACUAGCGGUAUUGGUCUUGACAUUGCCAGCUGGAUGCCACAGAAGGGAGCUCGUCAUAUAGUGCUCGUCUCUCGGAGUGGUGCUUCAACUGAGCUUGCCCAGAAAACGAUCCAUGACCUCAUCCAGGAUGGAGUCACUGUCGAGGUUUGCCGCUGUGAUGUUUCCAGCAAGGAGAGUGUGGAGCAGAAUCUGGCUCCUCCUCUUACCCGACUACCCCCUGUUAAGGGUGUGGUAUAUGGUGCCAUGGUCCUUCGCGACAUGCUUUUCGAAAAGCAGAGCUUCGAUGACUACGAAUUUGUCAUGAAGCCCCGAGUACACGGAAUCUGGAACCUGCAAAACACCCUGCAAAGCCUUAGCAAAGAUAGUCUCGACUUCUUCGUCACAUUAUCUUCCGCAGCCAGUUUCGUCGGCAACAUGGGCCAAGCAGCAUAUGCAGCCAGCGGAACCUUCAUGGCGGCAUUGGCCCAGUAUUCCGAAUCCUCUAACAUUCCUUGCACAACCAUCGACCUCCCCGUCGUCCGAGGCAUCGGCUACCUCUCUGACGACCAAAAACGCGAACAAAUCUCCUCCCAACUCGGCACUGAGUCCGUCUGCGCAACCGAAAUCCGCGGCCUUGUCGCAGCAGCCAUCCGCAAAGAAAUGCUUGACACCUGCGCCGGCCACUGCGUUGUCGGCUUCGACGGCGUGAAGAAAUACCCCGCCAGCGAACAACCAUUCUGGGUAAACGACACCAAGCUCUCGCAUCUUCUCCGCGUAUCCACCCUCGCGGGCGCAGGCGAGGCCGAUGCCGUCCAAACAAACAAGGAGAUCUCACCCGCCUCCGCAAUCAAACAAUCUCGCGAAUUUGAGAGUGCCCAGGCUGUGACGGUGACUGCAUUGACGCAUAAGAUUUCUAAUAUUCUGAUGCGUCCGCUGGAAGAUAUGGAUCCUUCAGCGCCUAUUUCGGUUUACGGAUUGGAUUCCCUCGUGGCUAUUGAGAUUCGGAACUGGAUUACCAGGGAGUUAGAGGCUAAUAUGCAGAUUCUAGAAAUUCUCACGAGUGAUUCGUUGCCUGCGCUUGCUGAGCAUAUUUUGAGAAAGUCGGGCAUUUUGACACCCGAGUUGAAGUCGGAGUGGGGUUUGGAUGUGGCUGAGGUGCGGAAUGGGAUGGAGUAG